CACAUUCUUCCUGCGCUUGUCGUCCGUUCCAACCUCCGGCUCUCAAACCCUGCGCUGCGCACUUCCCUUCCACCAUCCCUCACUCCCUCCCUCCCUCCACCACUGCAUUCCGACGAGGCGGACGGCCAUGGGGUGCUGCACCUCGUCGCAGAAGAAGGGCGCCGCGGCGGGGGACAGGAGGAAGGAGCCCGCCGAGAAGCCGUCCCAGAUCGCGCCGGCCGCCUCGCCGUCGCCCACGCCCUCGCCAUCAGCUGAGAUGUCAAGAUUAGAGGCCAGUCAGGGGGCCGUGCGCACUAAGUUGAUCUCAAGCCCUGGUCUGCAUACCAAUCGCCUAUCUUUCACCUACGAGGAGCUGAAUGCGGCGACAUUGGGCUUCCCACAAGAUCACUUUCUAGGAGAGGGUGGGUUCGGAAAGGUUUAUAAAGGUGUGCUGGACGGCAACGAGGUUGCUAUAAAGAUUCUCAACCCCAAUGGAUUGCAAGGGAACAGAGAGUUCUGCACAGAAGUUAUGGUGUUGAGCAGGAUGCAUCACCCGAAUCUCGUCAAGCUUGUUGGCUUCUGCACUGAUGAUGAUCAGAGGCUUUUAGUCUAUGAAUACAUGCCUCUGGGUUCAUUGGAAACUCAUAUUUUUGAUCUUCCCCCUAAUAAGAAGCCUCUUGACUGGAAUACAAGGAUAAAUAUACUUGCUGGGGCAGCUCAAGGCCUGAAGCAUUUGCAUGUUAACUGCAACCCUCCUAUCAUAAACCGUGACGUGAAGUGUGCGAAUAUUUUGCUUGGUGAGGAAUAUCAUCCAAAGCUGGCCGACUUUGGCUUGGCAAAGCUAGGUCCGACUGGCGACGAUACUCAUGUUUCAACUAGAGUGAUGGGUACACCUGGGUAUUGUGCGCCGGAGUAUCUUGAGAGCGGUCAGUUGACUAUCAAGUCAGAUGUCUACAGCUUUGGUGUUGUCAUACUGGAGGUAAUCACAGGAAGAAAGGCUUUAGAUCAGAGUCGAAUCAAAGCUGAGCGUAGCCUUGCUGAAUGGAACUACUCCUUGCUUCCCCCCAAUGCUAUAAUGGCUGUACCAAGGACAAUAUUGUGUUUACCUGGUAUAUCUUUGGCCACCCCUUUGAUCAACCGGAGGGAUUUUGCAAUGUUGGCAGAUCCAGCACUUGGCAAUCAGUACAGCAUGACAUCAUUGUACCAAGUCCUUUCCGUUGCUCGAAUGUGCCUGAAUACAACAGCCAGCCAGAGACCUCAGAUUACAGACGUAGCUGCCGCUCUCGCUCACAUCUCAAAGUCCAGAAGAACGCGGCGACCAGCCCACCAGCAGUCAGCAGCUCAAGUUCACCAACCCGGGGAAGAUAUAUAAGAGGAACUAGUAGUAUAUCAUAGUCAUGGGGACACCAGUGCAAAGCAAUGUAGUGUUUGUGGCUUUGAUAUGAUGAUGAUGAUAUCGUGAUCAAGAAUAGGCUCUACUCCCCAUUCCGAUAUGGCCAAAUUGCUGGAGGGGGGAAGUUUUGUUUGUAGAAGCUAAAUAGAUAGAGUAGAGUAGGUGCAAAUAUCCAUGUGUCCCUUGUUAAGGGCCUGAGGUUUGUCAUAUGUGGUUUUGGGAACAUAGCUUCAUAGUAGUUGAAGAUACCUCCAUGACGCUUAAUCUUCGCUUCCUCCUCUUGUUGACAUGUUGCUGAUGGUUUUCAGCCCGUACCUAAAAGUGUUGAUGGUUU